CUCUCACUCUUGCUCUCGCUCUCACUCUCUGUCUCUGCUCUGUCUCUGUCCGUGGUUUCAUGGCACAUCUACCUGAUGAGAUCCCACUUUUUAGUCAUCCACAUUGGGCUGACAGUAUAUGGGAGGAUCCGGACGAGGCACGCACCGUGGUGACAUGCCGGCGAGGAGAUACCGGCCUGUGGGAGCGUCCAUUGGACCAUAGAGUCUUGCAGUGUCUAUUACGCGCGGGAUUCUAUGGUGUCUAUCGUAUAGGCCAUAUUAGACUGGACCACCCACUCAUCACUGCUCUUGUCGAGAGGUGGCGCACAGAGAUACAUUUCAUUUCCCGAUCGGGGAGGCCACCGUCACAUUGCAGGACGUAUCUGUCUUAUAUGGUCUACGGAUUGAUAGGCGAGCAGUUACUGGAGCUGACCCAUCAUUGAUGAGGGACCAGUGGAUAGCCCUAUGUGCUGAGUUAUUGAGAGUAGCACCUACACCUGCAGACUUACAAGCAGGUAGACUGAGGGUGAGGUGGCUGCCCGAGCAGUUUCAGGGCCAUCUUCCAGAUCAGGCUCCAGAUGAGUUAGUAUUGCAGCAUGCUCGAGCAUACAUUCUGUCGCUUAUUGAGGGGGUACUUCUCCCUGAUAAAUCACAGAACCUGCUUAAGCUGAUGUACUUGCCAUUGUUGAGAGACAUUGUCGCGAUCGGCCAGUACAGCUGGGGCGCCGCGGCUUUGGUAUACUUGUAUAGGACGCUAUGUCGAGCAUCUCAGGUGGGUGCGAAGGAGAUCGGAGGACUCCUUGUCUUGCUACAGAUUUGGGCGUGGGAGAGAUUGAUUCACAUUGCCCCGUCUAGGCAGCAAGUGGUUGCUCCUGGUGAGGUUCCCAUCAGCCAGGGAGACAUGCAGUUGCCAGCCAGACCUCGAGGUAGUCGGUGGAGGGUUGACAUGGGCCACGAGGUCAUAUCGACCCACGUAGCCGUCGUGUAUAGAGACCAGCUUGACCGGAUGAUAGAGGGCAAGGUGGUUCGAGUUGGGAGGUCAUAUCACUUGGCUGAGGACGCCCUUUUCAGACGUGAUGGACAACAUGCGAUGCAGGCCCUUGUAGAGAUCCGAGAGUUAUUGUACGAGGGGAUCCAGCAUGCCCAUCGGGUAGAUCGUCUGCAUUUUGGCCACUACGGUGUACACAGUGCAGCAGCUGCUCCAGACACAUCAGUCCCGUCCACGUCAGU